AUGCAGCAGACGCAGCAGAUGCAGCAGACGCAGCAGACGCAGCAGAGGCCGCAGACGCCGCAGACGCAGCAGAUGCAGCAGAGGCCGCAGAGGCCGCAGACGCCGCAGAUGCAGCAGACGCAGCACACGCCACAGACGCAGCAGACGCAGCAGAUGCCACAGACGCCGCAGACGCCACACGCCACAGACGCAGCAGACGCCGCAGACGCAGCAGAUGCCACAGACGCCGCAGACGCCACACGCCACAGACGCAGCAGACGCAGCAGAUGCCACAGACGCCGCAGACGCUACACGCCACAGACGCUGAUAUGA